GAGGAGGANAAGAGAGAGAGAGAGAGAGAGGGAUGGGGCGUUACAGUGUGGAUGAGGCGGUGAUAGCGUACAAGCUGAAGGACGCAUCCGAUUGGUGGCGUGACGUAAACGAUUCACCGCUCUGGCAAGAUCGCAUUUUUCACAUUCUCGCCGCUCUUUACGGUCUCGUCGCCGCCGUUGCUCUCGUCCAAUUGAUUCGGAUACAAUUGAGAGUUCCGGAGUAUGGUUGGACCACGCAGAAGGUCUUCCAUUUUCUAAAUUUUGUGGUGAACGGGGUUCGCGCACUAGUUUUUGUUUUCCGUCGGAAUGUGCAGAACUUGCAUCCAGAGAUUGUUCAACAUAUCUUGCUUGACAUGCCAAGUCUAGCUUUCUUCACAACAUAUGCACUUUUGGUUUUGUUUUGGGCUGAGAUCUACUACCAGGCACGUGCUGUAUCAACUGAUGGACUGAGGCCAAGUUUCUUUACAAUUAAUGUGGUGGUUUACACUGUUCAGAUUGCAAUGUGGCUGGUAUUAUGGUGGAAGUAUAUCCCAGUUUUGGUCAUCUUAUCAAAGAUUUUCUUUGCAGGUGUGUCAUUGUUUGCAGCCCUUGGGUUUUUACUAUAUGGUGGAAGGCUUUUCUUAAUGUUGCAGAGGUUCCCUGUGGAGUCCAAAGGGCGGCGUAAGAAGCUGCAAGAAGUUGGUUAUGUGACCACAAUAUGCUUCUCAUGUUUCCUUGUCAGAUGCAUUAUGAUGUGCUUUAAUGCAUUUGACAAAGCUGCUGACCUUGAUGUUUUGAACCAUCCGGUUCUGAACUUCAUAUAUUACCUGCUGGUGGAGAUAUUACCUUCAUCUCUGGUCCUUUUCAUCUUGAGGAAGUUGCCACCAAAACGAGGUAUUACCCAGUAUCAUCCUAUACGCUGAAAGAUUGAAGAUGACUUAUGAAAAAAACAAAGGGAAUUAAUGCUUGUAAUGAUUUCGGACAUGGCUUGUGUACCUUGCAAAGAGAGCAGAAAAGCAAUAGGGAAAGCAAAAAAACUGAUAGUUUUGUGUUUGUAGUCACGAGCUGAUCUUCAUGGAUUCUGAACCUGUCAGUUUGUUCAAAGUAAGGAGGUUGUAGAUUCUUGGGAGAAAUUGUGGAAAUAUGUCGUUGACUACUGGUAUACGGUUAAAUCGCCCGUUUGUUCUGUCUUGCAUCUUAUACUUGGUGCUAUUUUGGUCCCAUUCAGUGUAAGCAACAAUGAAAAGGAUGAUGACUGAGUUUUCUUGAUA